AGCUGCAUUGAUAAUCAAGGAAGUAAGCUCCAGGAAGCAGCUUGUUCGUUAGAUCUAACAAAGAAUACCUUGUCACCUUUUCUACAGCUCUGAACAAAUAACAGAGCAUCUCCUGCUCACAGCAUCAUGUCUGAUCCAUUCAUAAGACACAUCCAGCUUUUGGGAUUUGAGAAGAGAUUCCUCCCAAGUCAGCACUAUGUGUAUAUGUUUUUGGUGAAAUGGCAUGAUCUUACAGAAAAACUGGUUUACAGGAAAUAUACGGAGAUCCAUGAGUUUCACAAAGCAUUAAAAGAAAUGUUUCCUAUUGAAUCAGGGCAAAUUGAGAAGGAACAUCGGACAAUCCCUCAUUUACCAGCUCCAAAGUGGUUUGAUGGCCUUAGAUCCACAGAGAACAGACAGAUUACACUGGCUGAUUACUGCGCAUCAUUGCUCAAUCUUCCAUCUAAGAUUUCCCGUUCUCCCCAUGUGAUAAACUUCUUUAAAGUCCGAUCAGAUGAUGUGAACCCUGCAUCCAAUAAAAAUGGUCGAAAACCGGAAACAUUUUUGUUGAAGACAGAAUCGACAAAGCAAGCAAACGUAUCAGAUAUCACCGGUCCCAUUAUACUUCAGUCAUAUCGCGUGAUCGCAGACUAUGUAAAGAAUACAAAGAGUGAACUGGGGGUAACAGCUGGUGAUGUUGUGGAUGUUGUGGAGAAAAAUGAGAAUGGUUGGUGGUUCUGUCAACUAAAGAACAAACGAGGCUGGGUUCCUGCUGCCUAUCUAGAACCUCUUGAUAGUCCAGAUGAAUCUGAAGAGCAAGAUCCUGAUUAUGCUGGUGAAAAACACAUUAUCACAAAAGAUUAUUCAAGCACUCUGGAUGAUGAACUGGAUGUGAAAGAGGGUGAAACAGUUGACGUUAUUCAUAAGCUCCUGGAUGGAUGGUGGGUUGUCAGGAAGGGCAGCAUAACUGGGUAUUUGCCUGCAAUGUAUCUGAAGAAAUCUGGUGAAGCAUUCCCUGCAGAUGAGAAUCAGACAAAGACUAAAGCCUUGCCACCUCGAAGGUCCACUAUUUCAAAUGCUCGAAGCAUGCACCAACAAAGUCGCAAGCAGAUUACCCAGGACACAUACAGGAGAAACAGCAAGAAGUAUUUAAAAGAACGACAGUCUAAAACAGAAUCUAUGAUUACAGCCAUAACAAUUGAUGAGGACAAAGAGAUGGAAAGUCAUUGCAAAGCACAGCCUGCCAUUCCACCAAGGCCAAGCAAAGAAGUUAUUUUGGAUCGUUGUACAGAGCACACAAAAUCCAAGAUUCGGACUAUGAACUGAGAGAAACUGAAAAUCAAGAGCCUCUGUACCUGAGCCUCUCAUGAGCCAUUUAUCAUUUCUAAAUUUUGUGCACAGCACAUUGAAUUGCUCAUUUAAAUAUUAAAUGUGCCUUCUGCCUAUUGUGUUUAUCAGGAAACAAUAACAUUACUGUGGAGUAUAAUCUUGACUUCCAGUAAGAUAAAUACCCAAUUAAAUUAUAUAUUGUAAUGCUCCUUCGAGGCUAAAGUUUGGUUUUACUGCAUAAAGCAGCAAUACCAUUAAUGGGUAUGUGCUUAUCUACAACACAGCAUGGUGCACACAUACCUAUUCCAUACAGCACACAACACCACAGCAUGGUGCACACAUACCUAUUCCAUACAGCACACAACACCACAUAUCCCUCCUCUGGUACUCUACUGCGUAUAAGCAACUUUAUUGGUGUAUUUAUACAGAAAACAAAAAUUACAAAUCAGUACACAUUCACAAAUGUCUGCAACCGAAUAGGAGGAGAAAGCAAUGAACAAGAAAACCUGUUUGUGGGAUUGAAAGCAAGCGAGUAAUUCUCUUAGACUGUCAAUGAUGGAAUAGUCUCUGACAAUGCUGCAACAGUCUUGACUGAUAACUUGCUAUCUCCUGAACAACAGAGAAUUUCAAUCAAACCAUCAAGCCUCCUACAGACACCAUAUCAGGGGCCAAGUAUGGGGGCAAAUCCAUGUUGUGCCAUAUGACUACAUGUGUAUUCUAAUAGCGGGAAUAAUCUCAAGGGUGUAUAUUACACUGCAACAAGUUGUGGUGAGUUGACAAUAGCCUUGCAGAAUAUGUGCCAAAGAAGCUGAGUUAAAAAAAAUAAAAAAUAUUUCAAUCUUGAACUAAGAGGAAGUAUAUAUUUUAGUCUAGAUUCUGCAGUGAUUGUCAAAAUCCACUGACCAAAAAGUCAAGUUUUGGUAAGUAGGGGAAGUGCAUAUUCACUUUAUAAUUGCAUACCUGUAAAAAGCCAGAAAGAACAUUUAAGCUAUCUUUACAGAACAAAAGUCUAGGACAGGGUUAGGCAACCUUCGGGACUCCAGAUGUUGUGGACUACAUCCCCCAUAGUACUCUUACACCUAUAAUGCUGGCAAAGCAUCAUGGGUGGUGUGGUCCAAAGCAUCUGGAGUGUCGAAGGUUGCCUGUGCCUGGUCUAGGAUAUGUGCAGUUGUAUUUAAGUGAAUUUGGUCUACCUUUAUCGUGCACAUAAUUGCUAGCAGUGCUAUCCUAUACUGGUCAGUUGCAUGUUUUUUAAAACUUUACAUUUGUAUAAUCCACCUUUAUAUCAUAUACAUAUGUAUUCUUACUUUUUCAAACUUGUUCAAUAAAGAAUAUGGAAAAAAAGCUUAA